CGGCGGGAAAGGCCAUGAGUAAAGGCCGGGCGGAAGCCGCAGCGGGAGCCUCCGGGAUCCUGCUGAAGUACCUGCAGGAGCAGAACCGGCCCUACAGCGCCCAGGAUGUGUUCGGGAACCUACAGCGGGAACACGGACUGGGCAAGGCGGCGGUGGUGAAGGCGCUGGAGCAGCUGGCCCAACAAGGCAAGAUCAAAGAGAAGACGUAUGGCAAGCAGAAGAUAUACUUUGCGGACCAGGACCAGUUUGACAUGGUCAGUGAUGCUGACCUGCAAGGCCUGGAUGCCAAAAUCGUGGCCCUCACUGCUAAAGUGCAGGGCUUGCAGCAGAGCUGUCGCCACAUGGAGGGAGAGCUGAAGGAGUUAACGAGUGCCCUGACCACACCGGAGAUGCAGAAAGAGAUCCAGGAGUUAAAGAAGGAAUGUGCUAGCUACACAGAGAGACUGAAGAACAUCAAAGCAGCCACCAACCAUGUGACUCCAGAAGAGAAAGAGCAGGUGUACAGAGAGAGGCAGAGGUACUGCAAGGAGUGGAGGAAGCGGAAGAGGAUGGCAACAGAGCUGUCUGAUGCAAUCCUUGAAGGAUACCCCAAGAGCAAGAAGCAGUUUUUUGUAAGUGGUGCGCUUCCUUCCUUACUCCCCUGGGGCCUUCGUCCAGGGAGGUCUCAUUCACUUGUCUUGCUGCCCCACAGGAGGAAGUUGGGAUAGAGACAGAUGAAGAUUACAACGUCAGGCUCCCAGACCCCUGAGAGGCCCUCCAGCAGGACUGGGAACCGAUGUCCUGGACUGGCUGCCUUGUUUAGGUCAGCUUUUUUGUUGUUCCUGCUGCUGUCCACCUCUGUGCACACACCAGAGUACUGGCUGGAGGGAGGGAGCGUGGGUGGCCGGCAGAGGCUGGUCAGACUCAUCUCAUUGUCCACGUUUUGAUUGCUUGAGCUUAACACUUAGAUGGGGAACAACGCUAAAGGAAAGCAUUUGGCAAUAUUUAUUGUAAUAUAAUUUGAUAUAAAAAUAUUUAAUUUCCUCUGGAUAAUCAAACCUCGGAUAUCAAACCUGAGGAAGGCAAAAGGGAGCCUGGGGGACAAAGGCAGAGAGAAGCUACUAUACACAGCAUUCAGGGAGCCCAGGGCCUCACCCAGGACUCUCCUGGGCUCUAUCCUCCAGAAGACCUUAGAGAAUCUUCUCUAUCUGCCUUCACCCCACCCCAAGUUCUGGGAGAAAUGCAGCACUGAGAUGGCAGCAACCCAGAUACACGUGACAGAGAGGCUAGAAGUGGUCCUGAGGCCAGUUAAUUUUCCAGAAUUGUAACUUUAGCAAAAUUGCAUCGUUGGUGUUUAGAAAAAUUAAAAAUUUUAAUAUGUA